AUUGCCUUGAUUUCAAUGCCAGUAAUGGAUGACUCCAAAAUUUCAAAAAGAGAUAUGGCGUUCGGUUGCUCCAAGUUUCUGGGGAAAAACURUCUUCACAGCCCCAGUUGGUCGAUCCAUUCAAAAAAGCUCUAAAGACRAAAAUGGAAGAGCUUGGUUCAAGCCGGGAGCAAGUUUACAACGCCGACGAAUCCGGUUUAUUUUGGAAACUUUUAUCACAAAAGAUGUAUGUAUCAUCAUUAGGAAAAACAGCCACAGGAGCAAAGAUGGAAAAGCAAAGAAUAACAUUCUUGUGCUGUUCAAAUGCGGAAGGAUCUCAUCAACUCAAGCUCCUUGUGAUAGGCAAGGCCAGAAACCCCCGUUGUUUUAAGGGGUUUGACUGCCCUGUUCAUUAUAGACAUUCAAAGUCCGCUUGGAUGACUGCCCCUAUCUUCAAAGGUUGGUUCCAUCGUUCAUUCAUACCUGAGGUAACGAAAUUUUUGACAAAAAAAGGUCUACCAGUUAAGGCUGUCCUUUUAAUUGAUAACGCUCCAUCGCAUCCACCUAAGAAUAAACUUAAGAGUGAAGACGGCUCUAUUUUAGCAAUGUUUAUGCCACUCAACGUCACCCCCCUUAUACAACCCAUGGACCAAAAUGCGAUCAGGAUUACAAAACUUUAUUACAGAAACAGUCUUUUGGCUUCCGCUGCUGUAACAGGAUGUGACUUGCUAGAGUCUAUGAAGCAAAUUUCACUUAAGGACGCUAUUAUUACCCUUGAAUCUGCAUGGAAAAAAGUGGAUGAGGCUGUGCUAUCAAAAUGCUGGAACAAUGUUUUGAGUAUGCUUGAAAAUCAAGAAGAUCCUGAAGAUGAAAUUCCUUUGAAUAUCCUUCGAAGGAACUUGAAUAUGAAUAUUGGAAUCACUGCUUGCAACGUUAGAGAAUGGAACGAGGAUGCUAUUGAAUUCAAUGAAAAUGAAAUACAAGAAAUAUCCGACGAAGACGACUAUACUGUAGAGUCGCAAAAGACGAUUACAGCAAGAGAAGCUAUUGACAUAUUUAAUAAUGCUUUGGAAUGGGCUGAAAGUGAAAUGGUUGAACAAAAGGAAUUAAAU